AUGGCUUUCACUCCUCGUGGCCGUGGUGGUCCUCCCCGCGGUGGUCGUGGCGGCGCUCCUCGUGGAGGUGCUGGUGGUCGUGGUGGCUUCGGUGGUGGCUUCGGUGGUGGCCGUGGCCGUGGUGGAGGUGGUCGAGGUGGUCCUCCUGGCCGUGGAGGCCGUGGUGGUCCCCGUGGAGGACGCGGUGCUCCUCGCGGCGGCCGUGGUGGUGCUGCUGGUGCCCGUGGUGGUGCUAAGGUCAUCAUUGAGAACCACCGUCACGCUGGUGUCUUCGUUGCCCGUGGUGGUAAGGAGGAUCUGCUCGUCACCAAGAACCUGACCCCCGGUGAGGCUGUUUACGGCGAGAAGCGCGUCUCUGUCGAGUCCCCCGCUGGUGAUGAUGGUGUUGUCACCAAGACUGAGUACCGUGUGUGGAACCCCUUCCGUUCCAAGCUGGCUGCCGGUAUCCUGGGUGGUCUUGACAACAUCUACAUGAAGCCUGGUUCCAAGGUCCUCUACAUUGGUGCUGCCAGCGGUACCUCCGUCUCUCACGUUGCCGAUAUUGUUGGCCCCACUGGUAACGUCUACGCUGUUGAGUUCUCCCACCGUUCUGGCCGUGACCUGAUUGGCAUGGCUACUCACCGCACCAACGUUAUCCCCAUUGUUGAGGAUGCCCGUCACCCUCUCCGCUACCGCAUGCUCGUUCCCAUGGUUGAUGUCAUCUUCGCCGACGUUGCGCAGCCUGACCAGGCCCGUAUUGUCGGCCUGAACGCUCACAUGUUCCUGAAGGAGGGUGGGGGUGUCCUGAUCUCCAUUAAGGCCAGCUGUAUCGACUCCACAGCUGCUGCUGAGGUUGUGUUCACUCGUGAGGUCCAGAAGAUGCGUGAGGAGAAGAUCAAGCCCAAGGAGCAGCUGACUCUGGAGCCCUUCGAGCGUGAUCACUGCAUCGUUGGUGGUAUCUAUGCUCGUUCUACAUAA